AUGAAGCGGAAAGAACUGGACAAUGCCAAGGAAUCCGAGAAAAACGACUGGAAGAAGUUCAACACCAAGGCGAACAACAAAAGAAUGAAGGGAAUCAAGAAGGUUGCCGUAUCUGGUGCCGCUCCUGAUGGACCUUCUGGAGGCGUCAAACGUGAUCCGAAAGAAGAGCUUAGACGUAUCGACUUCCCGGCUGGUGUGCACCGUUUCAAGUUUGCCGAACAAGGCGCCCUGCUCUAUGCCGCGCUAUCAGAUGGGUCGUUGGCGGAAAUUUCACUCGAGGAUCGCUCGUUGAAAAGCAAAACGCAGAUUACCACAGAGGGCGAUGACGUCGGAAGAAUGAUUCUGGAUGUCUCCCCGAGCGGUGACUAUGUGGCCGUGUCGCAUGGCGAUGGCCAGUUGAGCCUCCUCGACGGGAGUACGAAGGCGAUCAUACGCUCGUGGAAGGGUCAUCAAUCGCGAUAUACGGAAAAUUGCGAGGUCUGGUCUUGCGCGCACGUCGACUCGAAUACCUUGGCAUCCGGCGGCGAAGAUGCGCAAUUUUGUCUCUGGGAUAUGAGAACAACGGAUCGUAUCAGUCGCAUCAAGGUGUCGACAGAUGGUUCUGGCUGUACUUUCGUAGGCCCCAGCUCCGAUGGAGGCAAUGCUAGCCAAGUGCUAACGGGAAGCUACGAUCAGUUCAUUCGUGUUUACGAUCAACGGAACCCGUCGCAGGCUGUCAAUGAGAGAAUGUUGGCGGGCGGCGUUUGGAACAUUGAACAACAUCCGGAAUGUAUGGUCGUGUCCUGCAUGUAUGGCGGCUGGGCAAUGUUGGAUCGGAACUUGGAGCCAUUUUACUGCGAAACAAAGCCUGGCGAUGCUCUGCUCUAUGGUGCGACAAUGUGCGACCAAGGCUUCGCGUAUAUUACCUUCAAAGACUCGACGUUGACGAUGAAGCAAAUAAGU